AUGGACGCGAGCACCAAGGUGAUGGUUCAGAGCGCGGCGCUGCAGUCGCGGACGACAGUUCCUGUGGCGCGUCACUUUGACGCUGUCUCGACUCACUACCGCUACAUGGAUGCUGACGCGACAGCCAAAGACGGCGAGGACCGAGCCCGGAUCAUUCGCGAGCUCAAGGCAAAACGAUCCAAGGCCAAAGGCGCCGGCACGAAAACAGCGUUUGAAGCUGCUCUGGAAGUCCAUGCUCAAGAGCGAGACUUGGCAGUGGUCGAGCGUCUCAUCCAGGAGAAGAACGCCGCCGAGGCCAAAGCCAAACAGCUCGAAGCGCUGUUGUGGGAGCAGCCGGCCAAAGUGCAUCCAACGCCCCAAUCGUCGCGGCCAAAGGCGACCAAGAAGCGCGACCUUGUCAUUGACGCCGGCGAGUCGUUCUUCAACGACAUCCACGGCGACGAGUCGGCGCCACCCGAUUUUGACAUAGCGGGGCCGCGAACCGCGAGUUCGAUCGAGGACGAGCCGCCUGGGUUCGACGACAUCGUCGAAGAGCCCGAGCCGUGCGCAAGUCCGACAAGCAGCGCUAGCACCAAGCGCCGAGAACGCCACGCAGCUAACCCCGCGUCGGACGACGAUGCACCGCCAAGCACGUGGGCGACCCGCAUCUCGAGCGUCCACUCUUCGUUCUUGUCGGAGGAGACUGCGAGUUCCAACCGGAAGCGGCACGGCUCGUUCUUUGAAGCGUACGACGCGCAAUGCAGCGAGCGACUCAUUCAAAUACGUGUAACAGGAAGGAGCGAGCGCAGCAAGAAGAGGCCGCGCGCGCCGCCGACGCGCGCGCCAAGCUCGAGCGCGCCAAGCACGCAACACCGUUUACGGGUGCGCGGUCGCGUCCGAGAUGUCGGAAAACGCAUGUGCACGUAG